AUGGCUGGAUUAUGGCCACCAUCAUGGUGUCCUUGGAGCUCCUGGGAACUGUGCACCGUAGAACCUUGCACAUCUGGUGUUCGACUUCCUCUAUUAAAGACUCAGAGGGAUCCCACGCUUCGAUCCAAGGAGGCUUUAAAGGAAUACUGCGUAAAUUCCACUAACUACCCAAUAACUGCGCUUCACUGGCCAGUGGAUGCUAGGGCUGGAACCUAUCGGCUCGUUACGCCCACGCAGCAGCGUCGUCGUCGGUGUCGCUGUCACACCCUUAAAAGCCUGAUUGACAGGUUCUUUCAGAAAACGUGUAAAGAAAAUGAGGUGCAAGUGGACUGUCACACCUGUUUCCCACCCUUCUCCGGCAUCUACAGCCGCUCCCAUAAGGGUGAGCCACUUCUGUCGUGCAAUGAUCUGGCGGAGUCUCGUAGCGCUGCAGCUGCAGCCUCUGCCAGCUCAAGCAAUUUUUACGCCAUCCUGGGUGGUGCUCUGGGCACUGCAGCCUUCCUAGUCAUUGUCUUUUGUUGUGUACGCUUCUUCUUCUUUUCCUCCGGUGUUCGCCGUCGUGUUCGACGUCCUGGGGGUGGUAGCAGAGGUGGCGGUAUGGUCGGGGGCGGUCUUGGUGAUAGUACAGCCGAUCCUGCUCUGCGACGCCCUGUUAAUACUUUACCAUAUCCUCAUUUGGUCUGCCGUCUAUGUAUGUCUGGAUUCUAUCCAGCUGCUGAAGGGAGGCGGUACCGUGAGUUCACUAUAAUUGAGUACUUUCAUACAGUCACGGUAUACAGUCUGAACUCAGAGCUUCCGCCGGCAUACAAGGAUGUGGUCGCGAUGACUGUAAUCUUACCCACAGCCACGGAACAAUGUGAUGGGAGUCCUAAUCAACGCCUUUUGACAUCGCUGUCACCACCGUCACCACCGCCGGCGUUGCCGCCGUCAUCGACACCGCCUCUAUCUGUUGCGGAGGAGAGUAGUGAGGGGUUGGGCGGUAGCAAUGAGAGCGGUGGGUCGGAGGACCCGCCUCCACCGAGCUAUCAAGACGUGAUCUCUUUUUCUCCCUCUGCCGCUGACAUGCGCCAGCAGGUACUUGCUGCUGCAGCAGAAGCGGCGACUGUUCGCGAACAAUCCACAAUUUAG